AUGACGAAUCAUAUAUUACAUUUUUUUCGGGCAAACGUGCGAUUGAACUAUCGUUUCGGACGCUCUUCCUUCCAUACGAGUGGAUUGCUUAGAAACAUUUCUUCAAAAGACGCAUCUCCUUCAGAAAAUUCGGAAGCUGCUGCCAAAGAAUCGUCGAAUACUGACACUUCUGCUGGACCUGACGAUUCAAAUGCCGCUUCGCAACCGUCAGGUGCAUCUGAUUUUAAAUCUGCUGACCGUGCAUCCUCUCCAGUAGCUCCUGAAAUUGUUUCCAAAGAAAUUUGGGAUACGAAGAGUCCUUGGGAAGAGAUGGUCAAAAAAUUUCAGCAAGAUGCUUCUUUACAAGAAGAUUACAUUAAAAACCACCCCCUUUCUAAGCAGGCAUUAGAAAAUGCCAAGGGUUUACGCCAAACCAACUUACAUUUGCAAUAUUUUUCUCCAUUUGACAAGUAUGUUCGUCCCUUGGAUGAAAUCUCCAGUCUUCAAAAUUUUGACGAAUAUAACGCGUUUAAUGAAGAAAAAUUCAAAAAUUAUACUCCUCCGGUGGAUGCUUUACGCGCCGAACCUCCCUUUAGUCACGUUCCUUUCAGUUAUGGAGGAACAAAUCAGGGCGCUACCAUGACUGAUUUUUUGGUGGAAACUACUGGUGUCCCAAAAAGUUAUCUACAAUCAUUUGUUUUUGUUCCUUUGGUUAUUCGCCGUGUCGUUAAUCAAACCCGCAAGGGUAAAAUUCCUAGUAUCUAUGUUUUGACUGUCGUUGGUAAUCGUAAUGGAGUCAUAGGUUAUGGUGAAGGAAAGGCUGCCAACUAUUCAUUAUCUUAUAAACAAUCUUGUGCUCGUGCAGUCAAGAGCAUGAAAUGUAUUCCACGAUACGAAGACCGCACUGUGUAUGGCAACUUGCAUAAAAAGUUCCACGCUGUCCGCCUUACUUUACGAUCACGUCCUGCCGGUUUCGGCUUGCGUUGCAAUGCUAUUUUGUUUGAAAUUUGCCGGUGUGCAGGUAUUAAGGACUUAAGCGGUGAGAUUAUGGGCUCAAAAAAUGGUAUGAAUGUUGUUAAAGCAGUCUUUGAAACCUUACAUGAGCAAGCUCUUCCAGAAGAUAUUGCUUUACAACGCGGUCAUAAGAUUGUUGAUGUUCAACGUGAGUAUUAUAAGGGUUCCCGCUAA